AUGGCCUCCAGACACUCAGCAGCGCGCCCGAAAAGGGCAGGCGAAACAUUUGCGCGAACGCACCACCACGAUGCCGAAGCAGACGACGGCCACGACUCCAAGAAGCUAAAGUUUGACGUCCGCAACCCCUCCGCCCUGGCCCCCGAUGCGCCGGAAGAGGACGCCAUCCUCGAUGCCGACGUUAUUGGCGGCGGCGGGGGAGCGACGAAGCGCGGCGCCGUGAACCUGGACGGCUACGACAGCGACUCGGACAACGAGCGCAACUUCAAGUCGCGCGCCAAUGAGAAGCAUAAGGGCAGGAAGGAUGGCGAUGCGGAUUUCUUUGGCCAGUUGGAUAGCUACGAUGCCAAGGACAGCGGCGCGAACGGCAAGGGGGGCAGGGUUAACGAGGAUGACGACGAGGACGACGACAUGUUUGCCGCGGACGACGAUGACGAAGAGAAGGAGGGCAAGGCGGCGCAGGAGGGCACCAAGGCGGCAGGGAAGGAUAAGGCUGUGCGCUUUCUCGACGAUGCACAGAUUCAGGGUCAAGAGCUGCAAAGUAAAAGCGGUGGACAGAUCCGUCUAGACGACGAGGAGAGCAGCGACGACGAAGAAGAUAAAGAGCUGGCGAUGCAGGAGGAGGGUAUUGACGAGGAAGUCGGGCUCGGCGGCUUGAAGCGUAACGCGCCCAAGGUUGAGGCGUUCAACAUGAAGGACGAGCAAGAGGAGGGUCGCUUCGACGAGGACGGCAACUUUAUCAGGAAAGCGGUGGACCCGAACGCCGUGCACGACAAGUGGCUCGACGGGUUGAGUAAAAAGGAUCUGAAGAAGGCGGCAGAUGCACACGAGAAGCGCGAGGCCGAGGCGCGGAGGUUACGGAUGGAAAACGACGACAUCUUGACGACGGACCUGCUCAAGGCGCUGAUCGUGAGGUUAGAAAGGGGCGAGACAUCCCUUGAGGCCCUGGCGAGGUUGGGCAAGGGGCAGCCUAAAACCAAAAAGAUACCCAAAUGGAAACUGAAGAAGCAGAACAAGGGUGGCGGCGAUGAGACCAUGGACGUCGACAAGGAAAAGGACCAGCUCAGUCCAGAGCAGCAGAAGAGAAAAGAGGCUAUUGAGGCCAUCACCGACGCGGCGGACAAGCUGCUGAGCCGCGACCACGCCGAGAUUUACGACGAGGAGAGAGAGAUGCUCGUGCGUGAGUGGCAGCGGGAGACGGGCGAGCAGUGGGUUGAGCCGGCCAAGGACGACGCUGAUGACGAUUUGUCUUCGAGGAUGUGGGAGUUCCGUUGGACGGAUGGGCGGGAUAAUGCUGAGAAACAAAGGCCGUACGAUGGGCCCACGAUGAAGGCAUGGCAGGACGCCGGGUACUUUGGUGAGGGCGUUGAGUUCCGGCUGGUUGGUGACGAUUCCUGGACGAGGGUUGCGACGUUUGAAUGA